AAUAACAAUAAACUUGAUAACUGCCAGAAUUUUAAUUUUAAACUGCAUUUCAGAUUAAAAAUAACAAAGUAGAGCUAACCGAAUAAUAAUUCGUAAGAGAAGUGAAAAACAUGUCUGGUUCAUUAAGGAAUGAAUACAUAGACACAUCAGAUCUUGCGAUAUAUACUUUCGGUCGUUUUAUAGCAUAGUUUGUCUCAUUUCAUCGUAUCGAAACCUUCAGAUUUCGGCUUAAAAACCCUCUGCUGAAGAUGGCAAGAAGCUGGAACCUAACAACAGCAUAGUCAGAUCAAGAUUGCAAACUGUACGUGAUUAGAUCAAAAGGACUCUACUGUAUUAUAACUCGGUUUUAAUGUCGCAUCUGUUGAAGAUAAUUUCAGGGUCUUAGAAGAAAACAGGUCUUAUCUUAUCUAACAUUACUACUUUUUUGUUUUAGAAUCAGUUCAAAAAUGAUAUGUGUCUUGGGUGGUGGUGUCGUCGGCCUCACGACUGCAUUGGAACUGCAGCAGGCCGGGUUGAAAGUGACCCUGAUAGCUGACAAAUUCGGCAGGGAAACAACCAGCGAUGGCGCUGCGGGUUUAUUUCGCCCGGGGAACACCUUUUCAGCAGCGAAUCCGAAAUUGACAAAAGAGUGGAUUGAAACAUCUUACUACCAUUACACUCGGUUGCUCGACGCCGGAUGCGGCAUACGAGAGAUCUCCGGCUACAUGUUCUCAAACUUGGACACUUCUAUUGUCAAGAAUGAUCUUUUAGAAGGAUUGCUUCCUGAAUAUAGAGAGGUGACGGAGGAAGAAUUGAAAAUCUGCCCAGGAGACUGGAAAUAUGGUUCUUACUACAAAACUCUCGUUAUUGAGUGUCGUCUGUAUCUUCCUUGGCUCACAAAAAGAUUUGAAGAAAAUGGAGGUCAUAUUAUUAAAAAGUUUGUAAAAAGCUUUGAUGAAUUACAAGGAUAUGAAGUUGUCGUAAAUUGCACGGGCCUUGGUGCCAAGGUUCUCUGCAACGACCGAAAUAUGGUAGCACUCAGUGGUCAGGUGUUCAAAGUUGAAGCUCCUUGGCUUGAUAAUUUCUUCUACGCUGAAUACGACACCUACAUCAUCCCGGGCAUAUCUCAUGUCACGUUAGGCGGGACGAGAAAAUAUGAUUCGUGGAGCAGAGAUGUGUGCAAGUAUACCUCAAUGGAAAUUUGGGAAAAGUGUACCACCCUGGUUCCUCGUCUGAAGGAAUCAAAGGUUCUAUACGAAUGGGUCGGCCUGAGACCACACAGGGAGGGUGGAGUCAGGGUCGAAAAGGAAAUACUUGAAAAUGGGAUUAAGGUUGUCCACAAUUAUGGCCAUGGUGGGUACGGUGUAACAUCAGCUCCAGGUUCUUCAAAGUAUGCUGUUAAACUUGUCCACGAGUUUCUUUCUUCUAGCAUCUAGAUAAUCUCUCAGUUGUGAAUAAACCUUGGAUUGUUUAUUACUCAAAUGAAAUUUUGAUAUUCUAAAAUUUAAAAAUUAAAUAAGAUAAGAGAUGGGGGACCACAGUAGCCAAGUCGUUAGCGUGAGAUCAGCUCGUAGACCCCACAAUUCCCAUCAUUAUUGCCUCUGGCCCUUUUUUCACAAUAGCCUUCCCCCCCCCCCAAUACGAAUACGCAUAAUAUAUUGUCUGGCAUUGGCUAAUAUGCAUAAGCCCAAUAAAAAUAUAAAAAAAUAAAGACUUGAAUUAUCUCCUUUU